AUGACGUCUGGCGCAAAUCAAGGCCAAUACCGACGCUACAACAUCCGCGACCGCAAGAGACUUCUCACCGCAUUCAGAGACGGGACCAGGAAGGAAAAAGUCACGUUUUGCCGUGAGCAUUCGAUAACCCAGGGGACCUGGCGAGGAUGGCGUCAAAAGGAGUCGGCCAUCUUGUCGACCAAACGUCAAGGCAGUCGUGGGUCCCUGGGUGGCCAGGGAGACUUCUUCGGCACAUCUGCACCCGCCAUCGCCUGUCCCAACGACGUCCAAGCGUAUCCAAAGAUCGGCAAGAAGUUCUCGACCAUGUCUGGCUUGGCUACGCUGCGCACGUUUGGUAGAAGUACUCUGAUCUCCCGGACGCGCAUAUUCUCAGUACGGAUGAAACAGGUGUCUACUUCGACAUGUACCUCGCAAGACGUACGCUGA